UAUCCCACCCCAACCUUCUUCCUUCUUCUCUUGUAAGUUGUGAUCAACAUGGAAAAAGUGGGAUGCUCUGCAACUCUGGCAUUGGCUUUCUUCUUAGCUUGCCUUUUCGCCAAUAAUGCCAAUGCCUUCACAGCUUCGGGAUGGAUGAGUGCUCAUGCAACAUUUUAUGGAGGUAGCGACGCUUCUGGUACAAUGGGGGGUGCUUGUGGAUACGGUAACUUGUAUUCCGCUGGUUAUGGGACUAGGACUGCAGCAUUGAGCACUGCAUUGUUCAACGACGGGGCAUCCUGCGGCCAAUGCUACAAGAUUAUCUGCGAUUACAACGCAGAUCCACGGUGGUGCAGGAAAGGUGUAUCUAUCACCGUCACGGCAACCAACUUCUGCCCUCCUAAUUAUGAUCUUCCAAGCGACAACGGAGGCUGGUGCAACCCUCCCCGCCCGCACUUCGACAUGGCUCAACCCGCUUGGGAAAAGAUCGGUAUCUACAGAGGUGGAAUCGUUCCUGUGCUGUACCAAAGAGUUCCCUGCAACAAACAUGGCGGAGUUAGAUUUACCAUCAACGGAAGGGAUUAUUUUGAACUCGUCUUGAUAUCGAACGUUGGUGGACCUGGAUCGGUAGCAUCGGUUCAAAUCAAAGGCUCAGGAACCAAUUGGAUGGCAAUGUCUAGGAACUGGGGUGCCAAUUGGCAGUCCAACGUCUAUCUCAAUGGCCAAGCCUUGUCCUUCAGAGUAACUACGUCUGAUGGUCAGACCAAGGUGUUUCCAAACAUCGUCCCAUCAAAUUGGAACUUCGGCCAAACGUUUUCCAGCCCGUUACAAUUUUACUAAGCCUGGAACCCCCUCCCCUAUCUUUCACCUCUCCCCCCCCACAAAAAAAAAAGAGAAAGAGAGAGGGGCUAUACGAAAGAGUUCUGGGUUUUUUCUUUUCUUUUAUAUAUAGAUAUAUUUUUGGAGGUUUUUGGUAGGCAGGGGCGUGCUUACUAUUUGACUGAAGCAGCCCGCCAAUUUUUUUUCACGCAAAUACAACACACCAUCAACAGCAUUUAG